GAGGUUUCAUAUACCAUCGUUCUCAUUGGCUCUUAUUUCGUAUCCACUGCUUCUGAACUUCAAGAUAGACUCACUCUAGUUUUAGCCCCUCCUUGAGAUAAGUCGUUUAGAAGACUAACGCGAAGUCUAAAUAUGUUCAACACGAUCACUUUUGUUUGGUUCAAUAACGGACAUGCCCUCCGGGUCUGCGAAAGUCUACCUGCACCGUGGACAAGGGGUCCCGUGCUUGGUAGUCUGACGUCAAGGACGACCAACCGCAUCUAGGAUAUAAGAACAACUCACUUUAUCCAGCCUUGUUCUGUUGCAAACUGUCACACAACUUGACUGUGGUGGAACUCGAAAUCCUUUAAAUAUAUUUACCUCGAUAUCAGCAGCACCAGCGUUGGAUCUUGUCUGAAGAGUAGGAAAGAUGUCCACGAGUCAGAGUAAUCGACCAGAAACCAUUCAGACUCCAUCCCAUACGCAGACCUCUCAAAUCAAUGAUAAUGAGAGCCGCAGAUCGAGCUCCGUGAGCUCCGAUCUAUCACAUCACCUUUACUACGAAGACAACGAAUGCUUUUUCCCUCCGAGCUGGUUAGGAAAGAAGCCACCUGCUCAACAUGGAGUAGGAUUGAACUCAUCCGUCAAGGAUAUGCACACUGGGAUCCAAACGUGAUAGGCAAGGGAUGGAAGGCAUCGUCGUGGUUAUUGACUGCGCCUGCUUGUCGAGGGCUCAAACAUGAAUUGAGGAAUCGACCUUGGCCUUUGGGGAUGCUACAACCGAGUUUCCAUGCUUGUUACGAUAAUGAGACAUCAUGGAUGAAUGCUAUGAUACUAAUGUGAGGAUCAGAUAUAUUUUUGUUCGCUGAAUGAAUUGUUUGCUUUUUGACGUUGGAACGUUUUGGGUACAGAAUCGCUGUGGGAGAAGGCUGGCGAUGAGCCAGAUCUCGCUGGACAUUGCUUGGAAUGCAAAGGAGAACAGAACGACAGGAUGCACGAUCUGGUUGUCCCUGUCAGCCUAGAACUAGCUGCAUGUGGUGCUGGUCUGGGUCUGUCUCUGCUCCCUAGCUGCUGCAUGGUUCGCUAGUCACAAUCGACUUUAAGGUCUUACUUGAAUAACCUAAAUUACUAGUCUGAUCUCCC